UCAAGCUCAGGGACGGAAGCUGUGCAGGCCGUGGAGGCUCAAGUCGGGUGUCCACGGGAGGCACGGGGGACCUGGAGAGAGUCCGGGCCCAGAGGCCCGGGCCUGAGACGGGUAGGGGCUCCAGAACGGCGAAUGAGUGAGGCUGUCCGCCCGGGACUGGCGCUUGGGGGAUUGAGUGGUAGGGAGGCAAGAUGACGUCUCUGCCCCAAACUUGGAACAGCUGAAGGAAACAACAGUGCAAAAUGAGAACAACUAAGGUCUACAAACUCGUCAUCCACAAGAAGGGUUUUGGGGGCAGUGAUGAUGAGCUAGUUGUGAACCCAAAAGUGUUUCCUCACAUCAAGCUUGGAGACAUUGUAGAGAUUGCUCACCCCAACGAUGAAUUCAGCCCUCUGCUUUUGCAAGUCAAGUCACUUAAGGAAGAUUUACAGAAAGAAACUAUCAGUGUGGACCAGACUGUGACUCAAGUGUUUCGGCUAAGACCUUAUCAAGAUGUCUACGUGAAUGUUGUAGACCCUAAGGAUGUGACCCUUGACCUAGUGGAAUUAACUUUUAAGGAUCAGUAUAUUGGCCGUGGGGAUAUGUGGCGACUAAAGAAAAGUUUGGUUAGCACAUGUGCUUAUAUUACCCAGAAGGUGGAAUUUGCUGGCAUCAGGGCACAAGCUGGUGAGCUAUGGGUCAAGAAUGAAAAAGUCAUGUGUGGUUAUAUUAGCGAAGAUACCAGGGUAAGACUUAUAAAAUGCCUUUUCAGUUUUAUCUCCCUAUACCAUUUUGUCUAUGCCCUAAAAUUUAAAAAAAAGAAACAAAGAAAUUCUUCAGCCUGUUUUCAUUGUUUCUUUUCAGGGGAUCUGUAUUUCGAGAAAGCUGUGAAUGGUUUCCUUGCUGAUCUAUUUACCAAAUGGAAGGAAAAGAAUUGUAGUCAUGAAGUAACAGUGGUCCUAUUUUCCAGAACUUUCUAUGAUGCAAAAUCUAUUGAUGAAUUUCCUGAAAUAAACCGAGCCUCAAUUCGACAAGAUCACAAGGGACGGUUCUAUGAAGACUUUUACAAAGUGGUGGUGCAGAAUGAGAGAAGAGAAGAAUGGACUUCGCUUCUUGUGACCAUUAAAAAACUCUUCAUCCAGUAUCCAGUGUUGGUGCGCCUGGAGCAGGCAGAGGGCUUUCCUCAUGGAGAUAAUUCUACCUCAGCACAAGGAAACUACCUAGAGGCCAUCAAUCUGUCAUUCAAUGUGUUUGACAAGCACUACAUCAACCGCAACUUUGACCGAACUGGACAGAUGUCUGUGGUGAUCACGCCUGGGGUGGGUGUCUUUGAAGUGGACCGCCUACUCAUGAUCCUGACCAAGCAGAGGAUGAUAGAUAAUGGAAUUGGUGUGGACUUGGUAUGCAUGGGAGAGCAACCAUUACAUGCUGUCCCAUUGUUCAAGUUGCAUAAUCGGAGCGCUCCUCGGGAUUCUCGUCUGGGUGAUGACUAUAAUAUUCCUCACUGGAUAAACCACAGUUUCUACACGUCCAAAAGCCAGCUCUUCUGUAACAGUUUCACUCCACGAAUAAAACUGGCAGGAAAGAAGCCUGCCUCUGAGAAAGCAAAAAAUGGCCGUGAUACAUCUCUCGGGUCUCCAAAAGAAUCUGAGAACGCCCUUCCCAUCCAAGUAGAUUAUGAUGCCUAUGAUGCUCAAGUGUUCAGGCUGCCCGGCCCAUCCCGGGCUCAGCGCCUCGCCACCUGCAGGUCCGUGCGAGAGCGGGAAAGUCAUAGUCGAAAGAGCGCCAGCUCCUGCGAUGUCUCAUCCAGCCCUUCCCUGCCCAGCCGUGCACUGCCCUCUGAGGAAGUGAGAAGCCAGGCUUCUGAUGACAGCUCCCUGGGCAAGAGUACCAACAUCCUGAUGAUCCCACACCCCCACUUGCACCAGUAUGAAGUCAGCAGCUCCCUGGGCUACACCAGCACUCGAGAUGUCCUGGAGAACAUGAUGGAGCCACCACAGAGAGAUUCCAGCGCACCAGGGAGGUUCCAUGUGGGCAGCGCAGAAUCCAUGCUCCAUGUCCGGCCUGGUGGAUACACCCCCCAGCGAGCGCUGAUUAACCCCUUUGCCCCCUCUCGAAUGCCCAUGAAGCUCACAUCCAACAGAAGGCGCUGGAUGCACACUUUUCCUGUGGGACCAUCCGGAGAGGCCAUCCAGAUCCAUCACCAGACCCGACAGAAUAUGGCGGAGCUGCAGGGCAGCGGGCAGAGGGACCCAACUCACUCCUCUGCAGAGCUGCUGGAGUUAGCAUAUCAUGAAGCUGCUGGAAGGCACAGCACUUCCCACCAGCCUGGUGACGGCAUGUCCUUCUUGAACUUCAGUGGAACAGAAGAGCUUUCUGUCAGCCUGCUUAGCAACAGUGGUGCAGGUUCAUCCAACAGUAUUCCUAGAGGCCUAUGGCUAAGGCUUGGAAACUGUGUUGACAGUAUGAAUCCUAGGACCCAGAAUAAGGAUUCUCUAGAGGACAAUGUUUCUACCUCUCCAGAACCAAUGCCAGGCUUCUGUUGCACAGUUGGAGUGGACUGGAAGUCUCUCACUACUCCGGCGUGCCUCCCCCUCACCACCGACUACUUCCCUGACCGCCAGGGCCUCCAGAACGACUACACAGAGGGCUGUUAUGAUCUCCUCCCGGAAGCAGAUAUGGACAGGAGGGACGAGGAGGGUGUACAGAUGACGGCCCAGCAGGUGUUUGAAGAAUUCAUUUGCCAGCGUCUCAUGCAGGGGUAUCAAAUCAUAGUGCAGCCCAAGGCACAGAAACCCAACUCCACUGUCCCACCUCCGCUGAGCAGUAGCCCACUCUAUAGCCGAGGUCUUGUUUCCCGAAACCGCCCUGAGGAAGAGGACCAGUAUUGGCUGAGUAUGGGCAGAACUUUCCACAAAGUGACACUGAAGGAUAAGAUGAUCACAGUGACACGGUACCUUCCCAAGUACCCUUAUGAAUCUGCCCAGAUCCACUACACCUAUAGCCUCUGCCCUUCCCACUCAGACUCAGAGUUUGUAUCCUGUUGGGUGGAAUUCUCCCACGAACGGCUGGAGGAGUACAAAUGGAAUUACUUAGAUCAGUAUAUCUGUUCUGCAGGCUCCGAGGACUUCAGCUUAAUUGAGUCCCUGAAGUUCUGGAGGACCCGCUUUCUGCUGCUGCCAGCCUGUGUCACUGCCACCAAGCGCAUCACAGAAGGGGAGGUACACUGCGACAUCUAUGGGGACAGACCUCGUGCUGAUGAGGACGAGUGGCAACUUCUGGAUGGUUUUAUCCGCUUUGUGGAAGGCUUGAAUCGGAUCCGCAGGCGGCAUCGGUCAGAUCGCAUGAUGCGGAAAGGGGCCACAAUGAAAGGCUUGCAGAUGACUGGGCCUCUUCCCACACACACUCUUGAGUCAGCUGGCCCUCCGGUUGGGAAGAAGGGAACCUCAGCUCUGUCUGCCCUGCUGGAGAUGGAGGCCACUCAGAAGUGCCUGGGAGAACAGCAGGCAGCUGCACACGGUGGGAAGAGCUCCACUCAGUCAGCGGAGAGCAGCAGUGUUGCCAUGACUCCCACCCAUGUGGACAGCCCACGGAAGAUGUCUAUGGAACAAACAGUCCCUCCGUCAUUGGAUGGCACCAGUUUGGGGGUAAGCACAGGCCAAUCCGUGGACAGAGGCAACAGUCAGGCCUUUGGGAACUCCCAGAACAUAGGAGAACAGGGAUUCACCUCUGCAAACUCCAGUGACAACAGCUCUCAGCAGCCGGCAACAAGCUCCUUGACAUCAUCCUCCACCCUGACAGAGAUCCUGGAAGCCAUGAAGCACCCCUCGACAGGCGUCCAGCUGCUAUCUGAACAAAAGGGCCUCUCCCCAUACUGCUUUAUCAGUGCCGAGGUGGUGCACUGGCUGGUGAACCAUGUGGACGGGGUCCAGACGCAGGCGAUGGCCAUCGACAUCAUGCAGAAAAUGCUGGAAGAGCAGUUCAUCAUGCAUGCAUCUGGGGAAGCCUGGCGGACCUUCAUCUAUGGCUUCUAUUUCUACAAGAUCGUAGUGGACAAAGAGCCAGACCGAGUGGCCAUGCAGCAGCCUGCCGCCACCUGGCACACAGCAGGGGGAGACGACUUCGCCAGCUUCCAGCGUAAGUGGUUUGAGGUGGCCUUUGUGGCAGAAGAACUCCUGCACUCCGAGAUUCCUGCCUUCCUCCUGCCCUGGCUGCCGAGCCGGCCAGCCUCAUAUGCAAGCAGGCACAGCUCCUUCAGCCGCAGUUUUGGAGGACGGAGCCAGGCAGCCGCGCUCUUAGCUGCCACUGUCCCAGAGCAGAGGACUGUGACCCUGGAUGUUGAUGUGAACAACCGUACAGACCGGCUGGAGUGGUGCAGCUGUUAUUACCAUGGCAACUUCUCCCUGAAUGCAGCCUUCGAGAUCAAGCUGCACUGGAUGGCAGUGACCGCUGCGGUACUCUUUGAGAUGGUCCAAGGUUGGCAUCGGAAAGCUACCUCCUGUGGCUUUUUGUUGGUCCCGGUUUUAGAGGGGCCUUUCGCACUGCCCAGCUACCUGUAUGGAGACCCCCUUCGAGCUCAGCUCUUCAUCCCGCUCAACGUCAGCUGCUUGCUCAAGGAGGGCAGUGAGCACCUGUUCGAUAGCUUUGAACCAGAAACAUACUGGGAUCGAAUGCACCUUUUCCAGGAAGCCAUUGCACACAGGUUUGGGUUUGUACAGGAUAAAUACUCUGCCUCUGCCUUUAACUUUCCUGCUGAGAACAAGCCUCAGUACAUCCAUGUUACAGGAACGGUAUUUCUGCAGCUGCCGUACUCCAAGCGCAAGUUCUCAGGGCAGCAGCGGCGGCGGCGGAACUCCACCAGCUCCACCAACCAGAACAUGUUCUGCGAGGAGCGGGUUGGCUACAACUGGGCCUACAACACGAUGCUGACCAAGACAUGGCGCUCCAGUGCCACGGGGGAUGAGAAAUUUGCCGACCGGCUGCUGAAGGACUUCACAGACUUCUGCAUUAACCGUGACAACCGGCUGGUCACGUUCUGGACAAGUUGCCUGGAGAAGAUGCACGCCAGUGCCCCUUGAGGUCAGGCUGCAGUGGGGUCAGAAGGCUGUGUCCAUGCUGGGGCAGGGAGGUAACCUGCCACCCUCAAACCUGGGGCUAAAGAUUCCGGCCAGUCUCCAGGCAUCAGGUGUCUGUUGGUGCGUGGGGGCCAUUGCUUCUUUUUGGUCCCCCCAACAAGUGUUGUUACACUGAAGGAGAAAGACUUUGGAAGCAGCUGCUGCCGCCGCCACCAUCCAGAUCCACCCAGCGGAGGUGGAAGGCACAGAUUGUCCGUGGGAGGGCUUCAGUGUCUGAGAAGCAGGGCAGGCAGCCCCCGUGAAUGUCCUCAGAAGAGGGUGGCUUCUGUUAGCUUCCUUCUCCUUUACCAUCCAUGGGAUAUUAGGAGCAGAAUCUGGUGCUUCCUACCCAGGAGUGUGCCCAGGGUGUAAGAUAAUCUUGUGAAAUAAUGUACCAUAGACUCACACAGACUGUAUAUACCUGUACAUAUCCAAAGUAAAUAAAACUCCACACGCA